AUGGGAGGCAUCAUUUCGAGUGUCUUAUCCUUAUUUCAAGGCAAGCCAGAUGUUCGUAUUUUGAUCCUCGGUCUUGAUGCUGCAGGUAAAACCACAAUUUUAUAUCACUUAAAAUUAGGAAAUUACGUACAACAAGUUCAACCAACAGUUGCCUUUAAUUUAGAAAAGGUAGAAGUCGGAAAUCUUAAGCUUCAGAUUUGGGAUCUUGGUGGUCAACACCAACUCAGACCUUUCUGGAGACUUUAUUACAGAGAUUCGCAUGGUAUCGUUUUCGUUAUCGAUUCAGCAGAUCGUGCACGUAUUGAUUUAUGCCGUGACGAACUUCAAGCGUUAUUAAUGGAAGAUGAAUUGAGAGGUGUUCCCCUUUUAAUUAUCGCAAAUAAGCAAGAUAUCUCCGGAUCAAUGAAUGUCGACGAAAUCACUUCUAAAUUAACAUUGUCUGAAAUUAAAGAUAGACCGUGGACAAUCAUGCCUACAUCAGCUCUUCAGGGAACUAACAUUAAAGAAUCAUUUACUUGGCUAUCCCAAACAAUCGAAAGUAAAAUGAAAUAA